UCAAUUAACAGACUAGUUCUCCUAAUUAGUUUCUAGGUGUUCUUCUUCAGUCGUUCUUCUCUGCGCCUUUCUUCAGUCCUUCUGAAUCAUCUUCCCCAACAAAAUCUUCUCCUUGUCUCUGGUUUUUUCCGGUACAACACACCCAUUCGAGCCCUUCCCAAUAUGCCUCAGUCCAGUAAUCCACCCAUCAACAACUUCUCUGCCCUAACAACAAAAACACAGAGCUCUUGAUUUCAGAAACUUGCAGCAUGGAAACUCAAAGAUUGACCAAGACAAAAAGCUUAAAAGGAGACAAAAGGACUAGUAUAAAUUACUACAUAGCAGCGAAAUUGAAGAUUCUCGAGAAAAGUGACUACACUAUGAUUUCUGGAAAUCCCUUCAUAAAAAAGGCUGGUUGGAGGAAGAUAUCCUUUUACUUCAAUCUAUCAUAUGAAAUUAAAGACAAGACCAUCGAGUUUGAUGAGAACCGUAAUGUCCUGCAUGCUGAAUUUAUAGUUCGGGCAUAUAUGCAGGGUGGUAGGUUCUCAGAUGGAUGGGGUUCAUGUGAGCGGCGGGAGAAGAAGUUUCUAAAACCAAAUCAUGACAUUCCCAGCACAGCAGAAACUAGAGCCAAAAAUAAAGCAUGUCAGGACUUGCUUGGAAUUGGAGAAUAUCGACCUGGUGUGAGCCAGAGUAACCGGUAGAACAAUCAAAACAGUAACUUCCUCCAUACCCGAGUCAUUUGUAGUUCCAUUAAUCAAGACAGAAUACUCAUUAUAACAAGUCUCCUCCUAACAGAAGGUUCACUCAACCCCAAACCUGAUAUUGGGUAAUAUGAAAAGCCAUGGAAACAAGUAUAGAAAGAAGUUGUAUAAACUGUAGUACACACCUAGUGUGCUUGUAACAUCUAAAGCCUAUCCUGUACUUUGACUUAUUAUAUAUUUUUUUUUCUCACUUCAUUCUCUCCUUAACGCGACACCAACUUUCAAUCUUGGUGACCCCGUGUGUAAUAAUACACCAGGCUGCGGCAUGGGCUGAUAAUACACUAUUGCUAUACUUUUCCAAGUUUGAUAAUAUGAAAAGACAUUUCUGUUUGGCAUUUUAUACCA